UUUUUAUGGACAAUAUUUCAAUCGGAAUUGUGUUAUAACGGCUCAGGGAUGACAAAGACAAUUGGAUACCGAAACUGGAGAUGGCUGGCUCUUUGGUGGCGUCAUUUCAUUCUCUUGUGGAGUACAAUAGACGGACAGACUCGCUACACCAUCCCGGAGGAACUGAAACAGGGCUCUGUGGUAGGAAAUCUAGCCAAAGAUCUGGGUUUGGGACUCUCUGAGAUUUUUGACCGUAAGCUGCAUGUCGCCUCUGAGGCUGGUAAGCAGUAUUUCAAUGUGGAUGCGGGGAAGGGCGAGCUGGUCGUGAAUGAGAGAAUAGACAGAGAGACUUUAUGCGGACAAAGUGCCAGCUGCGUUUUACCUCUGCAGGUUGUCAUUGAAAACCCGUUACAGUUGCACCGUAUUGAGGUGGAAAUACGCGACAUAAAUGACAAUUCUCCUAGUUUCUUAACAAAAGAUCGUGUUCUGAAAAUGGCUGAAUUGACAGCUGUAGGCGCUCGUUUUCCGUUGGAAAGUGCGGAGGACCCCGACGUGGGAAGCAAUUCACUUAAAUCCUACAUUCUUAGUAAAGACGAAUGUUUCAGUGUAAAAGUUAAAGACAUUGAAGGAGGACGAAAAAUCCCAGAGCUCGUGUUAGAGAAGCCACUGGACAGAGAGAAAAAAGCUGUCCACGAGCUUUUAUUGACGGCUCUAGAUGGAGGCACUCCGGCUAGGUCUGGAACUUCACAGAUCACGGUCACUGUCCUUGAUAACAAUGACAAUAAUCCCGUAUUUCAGAAAGCUGUAUAUAAAGUACGGGUUAAUGAAAAUAGCGAAAAGGGCACUUCCUUGAUUAAGCUUGAAGCUACUGACUCAGACGAGGGUGUCAACGGGGAGAUAGAAUAUUCAUUCGGCGAGCAUACACCAGAGUCGGUGUUAUCUGUGUUUGAUAUUGAUGCAGUAACGGGGGAAAUGUUUCUAAGAGGGGAAUUAGAUUAUGAGAGUGCGGCUUCUUAUCGUAUCGACAUUACUGCUGUAGACAAAGGCAUCCCAGAAAUGGAGGGACACUGUCGGGUACAGGUAGAAGUAACAGACGUUAAUGACAAUGCUCCCGAAAUUGUCCUCACCUCCAAACCUAGUCCAGUGCGCGAGGACGCACCGAGUGGCACGGUAGUGGCUUUGAUCAGUGCCCGUGACCUAGACUCCGGGAAUAACGGUAAAGUAACGUUACAACUUACAAAAGGCCAUCCUUUCAGUCUGAAACCGUCAUUUUCUGAUAAUUACGCACUGGUCACCAGUGGUGUUUUAGACAGAGAGAGUUUCUCAGAGUAUAAUAUUGAGAUAACAGCCACUGAUUCAGGUUCCCCUCCACUGACUACCAAGAAAACUAUACCAGUCACUAUCAUUGAUGUCAACGACAACCCCCCUAAAUUCAGCCAGUCCUCAUAUAAUGUCUAUUUAAAAGAGAAUGGACUACCAGGCUCCAUGUUGUCAUCAGUAUCCGCAUUUGACCUGGAUUUCGGGGGUAAUGCCAAGAUUUCCUACUCCAUCUUAGACUCCAAAGUGCAGGACGUGUCUGUAUCCUCCUAUGUGUACAUUAACUCUGAUAACGGCAGCAUCUACAGCAUGCACUCGUUUGACUAUGAGAAACUGAAGGUGUUUCAGAUUCUGGUGCAGGCAAAAGACCACGGCUCUCCCUCUCUGAGCAGCAACGCCACUGUCCAUGUUUUUAUCCUGGACCAGAACGACAACGCCCCCGCUGUUAUUUACCCCUCCGCUGCCCUGGGCUCGCUCUCUCACCAGAAGAUGCCCCGCUCCGCUAAAGCAGGCCACCUGGUUACUAAGAUAACGGCAGUGGACGCAGACUCGGGCCAUAACGCCUGGAUCUCAUAUAAACUGGUGGAGGCCACAGACACGUCUCUGUUCAGUGUCAAUCUUUACACGGGGGAGGUGAGGACGAAACGCGCUGUGUCUGAGCAGGACGACUCCUCUCAGAGGCUGCUUAUAGAGAUACAGGACGACGGGGUGCCGGUCCAGUCCGCCACGGUCACAUUGGCCAUACUGGUAGAGGACGGGCUCCACGAACCCAUCUUGGACCUUCGGCAGAAAGCGCCAGAGCCUAGCAAUAAAAGCGGGAGAAUCGCCCUGUAUUUGAUCAUCUCUCUGGCCUCGGUGUCCGUGCUGUCUCUGGUGACUUUUGUCAUCUUAGCAGUCAAGUGCGUUAGAAACAGCAGGAGCAGCGGUAGUUGCUGCAUGAGACGGGACGACUUGGACGGCUACAAGAACCCCAACAGAAACCUGCAGAUCCAGCUCAACACUGACGGGCCGAUUAAGUACGUGGAGGUCCUGGGAGAGGAUAUGUUGUCUCAGAGUCAGUCCUUCAGGUCAUAUCUCUCUCCCAUGUCAGAGUUCAGUGAUUUUACCUUCGUUAAGCCCAGCAGCACCACUGACUUUAAGGAGAUGAUCAACGUCCUAGACGCGUCUUUACCCGACAGCGCCUGGACCUUUGAGAGCCAGCAGGUGAGAAAGUUGGCCUAUAAUUUAUUGUGGACUGUUCUGUUAUGUGGAGGAUCAACAUACAAGCCUACCGAACAUCCUGCUUGGAACACACUGCUUGAAUCAACGUCGAUUCCACGUAAUGUGAACCAACGUGGAUUAGACGUUGAAUUGUAUGUCUGUGCCCAGUGGGAUGCGUGUUUUGGGCUUCAACAUUCAACGAAUGGAAGCUUGUCCUUUUGGCAGUAUUUUCAUUGGUGCAUUAUGACAUAGGAAUAUUACUGCAGGUUAAUGUUGAGACUCAGUAUGUGACAUGCUACAGCCUGUAAAUAAAUAGGCUGGCGAUUAACGAUAUGCAACAGACGUUGAAGUGCAAUUUAUAAUUCAAGCAGUAUUUUGUCAUAUUGAAAUAGGGCUGCAAAAUUAUGGCAAUUUUCCCCAUUGUCUUCCAAAAAGAUCUUGGUUGAAUGAUUCUCAGAUUCCCUGCGUAUUCCCUCUUAAUUCCGGCAAUCUUUUCCCAAAACCAGGGAAUUUUGGGAAAUGUACUGGAACUUUGCAACCUUAGGUUAAAAUGAUUUCAGCGUUCAACUAAACGAUGCAACGGUGCUUCCAUUCAGAUUUAUAAAAAAUGAUCGUAACGCUUCAUUUUAAGGGGUCCUAAUUACAGUGUAGUAACGUGUAAUUACACUAACGAGGAUUGUAGUGAACUGUAACGUCGCAUAACUGGUAGUAGUUGUGGUAUGCAAUUACAGAGGUGUAACAAUGAAUGCUUGUUACCGUGCGUGUUACAAAUGGGCAGGUUUCCACUAAAUUCACCAACUUGGUGUUUCGCUUCUUCUCAGCUGCAUACAGUUACAACUGUCACCAAGGUUGUGGUCCCUCGUGGAUGCGCUGGGCGUCUGAGAGAUUACAGCCUGUGCUCAAUGGGCUCUAAUUACUUACCCUUGAAUGUGCACUGUUCAAACUUUAUCUCCCAGUGUUGUUGCUGGCGCUUGCUCCCAAAAUAAAGUGCAGCAUCUGGGUUAACUUGGUUGAGCAGGUAAAAACAGAUCAGUAGGUCAACCUCACUGACUGGGAUCUAAAAUGGGUGGUCAUCCCAGAUGUGGAAAAAUGCACUAUUCCAAAGCAUAGUGCACGCAUUGUUUGCCUACGUGCAAUGUAAUUACUAGUUGUUACACUUCAUUUUAAUGAGCUAAAUCUAGUGUAUCACGAGGAGAACUUAUUUGUAAU